AAAACAUUUGAGUAAGAACACUGAGAUCAGUAUAUCUUUUCAUUAGUAAUGAGCUAAGUAAUCCAAAAAAUUUUACUGAAUACAGACGUAAAGCUUAUCAGGACAAAGACAGAGUAAUCUCCAAAUCAGAGCGUAAAAACCAUAAAAGUCCACCACGAAAAGUUUCGGAAUGAUUUAUCAUCAGUCCCAUCAUCAUUCAACGGCCGCCUAACCCAAUUUUGGAUCUUAGUAUAUUCAGAAUCUUUGGUAGAAUCCAUACGCUUUCUUGCUCAUGUCGCCGCUCUUCAAUUCAGCUUCGCCGGCUGAGUGUUUUUUAUUGGGUUCGCACAUAAUAAAAUACUUAUGUGAACCGCCCAUUUGGUGAUUGCGAGAUUCUGCGAUUGAUUUGAUUGGGUUCGAUUUGACUUCAACCCAGUUGCUGCUUAGCUCUGAAAAAUCUUCUUUUAUGGCCAUGAAUGAGGAAACGCCACUUGUUGUUGAUGUUGACUCCAGAACCCAAGCAUCCCCUUUUGCCCCAGUCAAUCACAAUUACAAGAGGGAUAUACAUAUUCUUAGCUGGGCUUUCUUGCUGAUUUUCUUGGCCUAUGGAGCUGCUCAGAAUUUGGAGAGUACCAUCAAUACUGAUGGAAAUCUUGGGACCAUUUCACUUGGGAUAUUGUACCUGUCAUUUACGUUCUUUUCCAUGAUCGCUUCUGCCGUAGUUGGGACUCUUGGUUCGAGGAAUGCUCUUGUCCUUGGAACCACCGGCUAUUGGCUGUUCAUAGCCGCAAAUUUGAAGCCUACUUGGUACACAAUGAUCCCGGCUUCGUUGUACCUUGGCUUUACUGCUUCAAUAAUUUGGGUUGCAGAGGGUACAUAUCUCACGUCCACUGCACGCAGUCAUGCAAAGCUUCAUGACUUGCCUGAAGGAACUGUUAUAGGAAAAUUUAAUGGAGAAUUUUGGUUCAUGUUUGCUAGUCAUCAGUUUGUUGGGAAUCUCAUCACGGUAGCUUUGCUGAGAGGCGGAAAGGAAGGGAGUGUUAGUGGCACGACACCACUUUUCGUAGUGUUCCUCUGUCUCAUGACAAUUGGUACAGUUCUCAUGUGCUUUUUACGUGACAGAAGUUCAGAAGAAAAAGAGGAAAAAGAUUCUUGUGCAAGUUUCUGUUCUUCGGCCAUGUCCUUGUCUAAAGCUGCAGUGGCUCUUUUACUUGACAAAAGGAUUCUCUUACUGAUCCCACUUCUCGCAUAUUCUGGCUUUCAGCAAGCGUUUGUGUGGGCUGCAUUCACCAAGUAUGUUGUUCAGCCCAAACUUGGUGAGCCUGGUGUCGGCGGAACCAUGGCAGUCUAUGGAAUCUUUGAUGCGGCUUGCUCACUUGCUGCUGGCAGACUGACAUCUGGUCUUUCAACUAUUACUAAGAUAGUACUCGGUGGGAUUUGCAUUCAGGCUAUUGCCUUCCUGUUACUCUUUGUAAAAUACAGCACACUUUCUGGAGCUUUUGGCUUCUUAUAUCCAUUUCUGAUAGCUGGCUUGUUGGGCAUUGGUGAUGGGGUUCUAAAUACUCAGAUCAGUGCAUUCCUUGGGAUUCUCUUUGAGAACAAUCUGGGAGGAGCAUUUGCACAGUUCAAGUUUUGGCAGAGUCUUUCGAUUGCCAUUAUCUAUUUCGUCAGCCCUCAUAUGGCGUUCCACUUAAUUGUAACCUUUAUGAUCGCGAUGCUGUGCAUUUCAGUGUCUGCUUUUCUUUUCCUUUUACUCAAGGUAGACAGAGUCGUUUCCGAGUCUUCUUCUUGACUGGAAAAAAUGUUGUUGGGAGAGUCAUCAUCACCCCCCCACCCCCACCCACAAAGCCCUUAUUCAAGUUUCAUGUUGCAUUUUCAUACAAAGCUUGUAUCAGGGAACCUAGUGAACAUGAGUCGUGCAUGAGUCACACUCACACCAAAGCCUGCACUCAUGCUGAUUAUAUGUAGUCAAAAUCAAGCUUGAACUGAGUUUUUUUAAGCCUAAGACUAGCUUGGGAAUUGCUUAGGCAGUAAAUCAAAGUGUUAUGUAUGUAUGGUUUUGGAUAUGAGAAACCGAUUAGUGCUCUAUGAGAUGUUAGGAAAUAUUCAAGAUCGACUUGAACGAGAUUAAACAAUAUUUCCUCUGUCCUAAAAUUAUUGUCCAGUUUUGGAUUCCACUUUUAGUAUAAUUUGAAGUAGAAAUGAAAAUUCAAACUGGACAAUAAUUAUGGAAUGGAGGGAGUAGUUUUAAGACGUGUAUUUACAUGGAACUAGUGAAUUAUAUUCCAUAAUAACACUCUUUAAAAUAAUUUGGCCCAAUUCCACAAAAUUUCGCCCCAAAUCGCCAUGAUAUAAUAGGAUAAACAAAUCGUAUGAAAAUCCAAAAAAACCUUCUAAAACG